AUGCCGGUGGCUGCUUCCGCCAUUUACUUCUUGAACCUCCGGGGUGAUGUUCUCAUCAACCGCCUAUAUCGUGACGAUGUUGGGGGAAAUAUGGUGGAUGCUUUCCGAAUGCACAUAAUGCAAACAAAAGAACUUGGAACAUGUCCUGUUCGGCAGAUUGGUGGAUGCUCUUUCUUUUACAUGAGAAUCAGCAAUGUUUAUAUUGUUAUUGUAGUCAGCAGCAAUGCAAAUGUAGCCUGUGCAUUCAAGUUCGUUGUUGAGGCUGUUGCACUGUUCAAAUCUUAUUUUGGUGGGGCUUUUGAUGAAGAUGCAAUUCGUAAUAAUUUUGUUCUGAUUUAUGAGCUGUUGGACGAAAUUAUGGAUUUUGGUUAUCCACAGAAUCUUUCUCCAGAAAUUUUAAAGCUUUACAUCACUCAAGAAGGAGUGCGCUCGCCAUUCUCUUCUAAGCCUACAGAUAAACCAGUCCCAAAUGCAACUCUACAAGUUACAGGUGCUGUUGGUUGGCGCAGAGAGGGCCUUGUUUAUAAAAAGAAUGAGGUCUUCUUGGAUAUUGUGGAAAGUGUAAAUCUUCUUAUGUCUUCCAAAGGUAGCGUGCUGCGUUGUGAUGUAACCGGGAAAAUUCUUAUGAAAUGCUUCCUCUCUGGAAUGCCCGACUUGAAGUUGGGCUUGAAUGAUAAAAUUGGCCUUGAGAAAGAGUCACAACUUAAAUCCCGUCCUACUAAAAGCGGUAAAACCAUCGAGCUCGACGAUGUUACUUUCCAUCAAUGUGUAAACUUGACAAGGUUCAACUCAGAGAAGACGGUUAGUUUUGUGCCACCUGAUGGUGAAUUUGAAUUAAUGAAGUACCGUAUUACUGAGGGCGUGAACCUUCCCUUCCGAGUAUUGCCUACAAUUAAGGAACUUGGUAGAACUCGCAUUGAAGUAAAUGUUAAGGUAAAGAGUGUAUUUGGUGCAAAAAUGUUUGCUCUUGGGGUUGUCAUCAAAAUUCCUGUGCCAAAACAAACAGCAAAGACAAAUUUUCAAGUGACUUCGGGUCGAGCAAAAUACAAUGCUGCUAUUGAUUGUUUGGUUUGGAAGAUAAGAAAAUUUCCAGGACAAACUGAGCCAACCUUGAGCGCAGAAGUUGAGCUGAUUUCGACGAUGACAGAAAAGAAAUCUUGGACAAGACCACCAAUUCAGAUGGAGUUCCAGGUUCCAAUGUUCACAGCAUCUGGUUUACGUGUUCGUUUUCUCAAGGUAUGGGAAAAGAGUGGAUACAACACUGUUGAGUGGGUCCGCUAUAUCACCAAAGCCGGUUCAUACGAGAUUAGGUGCUAG